CAACACUUCCCAAGUAUCACCACUUCCAGUCCAGGUUUAAUUCCUCCUCUUUCUCCCCCACUUCCAUUCAUUUUUCCUCUCUAUAUUUCCCAUUCUUUUGUGCAGAAAAAGGUCCUUGUUCCUCUUGAGUUACAGGAAAAACUCCAUCUUUUUUUUAUCUGGAAGUGAACUUCUAUAAUGAGGAAAAGAUCUCGUUUAGCUUGGAGCUCAGCCAUGACACUACUAUUCCUGGCUUUUUUCUUAGUUUUUUCACUCUCCUCUGCAGAUGAAGGGGCGUUCAUCGGAGUCAACAUUGGCACAGCCCUCUCCGACAUGCCGUCUCCGACGCAGGUGGUGGCUCUACUGAAAUCCCAGCAAAUCCGGCACGUUCGUCUUUAUGACGCCGACGCCGGAAUGCUCGCCGCCCUCGCCAAUUCCGGCAUUCGUGUUACCGUCACUGUCCCUAAUGAGCAACUCCUCGGCGUUGGCCAGUCAAAUGCCACUGCGGCCAAUUGGGUCACCCGGAAUGUCCUCGCCCAUGUCCCCGCCGUCAACAUCACCGCCAUUGCCAUUGGUUCCGAAGUCCUCACCUCCUUACCCAAUGCCGCUCCGGUGCUAGUGUCGGCUCUCCGGUUUAUCCACUCGGCUCUUGUGGCCGCUAACCUUGAUCGACAAAUCAAAGUAUCCACCCCGCAUUCAUCAUCAAUCAUCCUCGACUCGUUCCCGCCUUCGCAAGCCUUUUUCAACCGAUCGUGGGAGCCCGUCCUCGUCCCUAUGCUCAAGUUCCUGCAAUCCACAAACUCAUACCUCAUGCUCAAUGUGUAUCCUUAUUAUGACUAUAUGCAAUCCAACGGUGUUGUCCCGCUUGACUACGCGCUGUUUCGCCCGCUGCCUCCGAACAAAGAGGCUGUCGAUGCAAACACCUUGCUGCAUUAUACCAAUGUGUUUGAUGCUGUUGUUGAUGCAGCCUAUUUCGCGAUGACCUCCUUGAAUAUCACCAAUGUGCCUGUUGUAGUCAUGGAAUCGGGGUGGCCGAGGAAAGGGGAUGCCAAUGAGCCUGAUGCAACCGUUGACAAUGCUGAUACUUAUAACAGUAACUUGAUUCGCCAUGUACUUAACAACACUGGCACACCAAAGCACCCUGGUGUGCCUGUCAGCACUUAUAUAUAUGAGCUUUAUGAUGAGGAUUUGAGACCGGGUGCGCUGUCGGAGAAGUACUGGGGAUUGUUUGAUGCGAAUGGUGUUCCGGUCUAUACUCUGCACUUGACGGGAUCAGGAUUGGUGCUGGCUAAUGACACUACAAACCAGACGUAUUGUAUUGCAAAGGAAGGGGCGGACUCGAAGAUGCUGCAGGCAGCACUUGACUGGGCGUGUGGGCCGGGGAAGGUGGAUUGCUCUGCGAUUGUUCAAGGACAACCAUGCUAUGAUCCUGAUACUGUCGAAGCGCAUGCUACUUAUGCUUUCAAUGCUUAUUAUCAUCAGAUGGGAAUGGGCACGGGGACUUGUUACUUCAAUGGAGUUGCUGCAAUCACCACCACUGAUCCUAGUCAUGAUACUUGUUUGUUUCCCGGGAGUGGUGGGAAGAACGGAACCUUUGUGAACGGCACAUCACUGGCGCCUUCAUCAAAUUCCACGUCGACUUCUGUCAGCUCCUCAAGCCGGUGCUAUGGUUUGAUGACAGCCUUCAAGGUCAUCGGAGUUCUACUAUCAAGUAUGAUUCUGUUGUAGAGUAUAACUUGCUCUCGAAAUUGUUCGGUAGGUCGAUUGAAUGCGGUGGAUGCCCAGUUUUGUUUGCCUAGGGGAAGAUCAUCUAACCCUCCUAAGAGAAACAGACUGCUCUACUUUUGAUCCAUCUCAGUAAUUUUUUUUUUGGUGGGGAGGGACCAAAUUCAAUAUCUUUUGUACAAAGUUAUCAAAGGUUUGAUGAUGCCUUGAACUUUUUCUGGUUUCUAUGUUGCUACUCUCUCUGAUGUAAUCUUUGACUCAAUGGUAUCUGGCAUGAUUUUGGUAUCCAUUUAUUUGCAAUGUUAUUAUU